GCCGCGUCUUUUGGUACCUUUACAUCGCACUCGUUUAUUCUGUCAUUCCCCGCAUUUCGGAGUAACCAUAUCGGGAAACUGAUCCACGAUAAACAAUACUAACUACAUAAAUUACAAGUGUCGUUGAUUAAAAUAAAUGACUAAUAACUGGUGUAAAACGGACAGGGGUCAGUGCAAAACGAAAUAUAAAAAUGAUGAAUUUGAAUUGCAGUAAAAGAGUUGAGGCAAAGAAGUAGUUUGAGGCAGGGACUGUUGGUUGUUUUUAAAUAAAUACUUAAAGAUGUGGAUGUACGUCUGCUUGCAGUAAUGUCUGACCGGUCAGCGUAAAACGACGAGAAGCCGCGAGUGCUUGCCUGCCACCACUUUUAACUCCAGUGUUUUUUGUUUUGUGAGAAGCCGCUUGACUCCUUGUACGUCUCCCUUUUUCUUCAUCCUUUCGUGCACUUACUAUUAUUAUAUAUCUACUUUUAUAUAAAAGUACACACACACACACACACACAUACAUAUAUGCAUUUAUACGGCAUAAACUUAUUCCUGAAUCUCGUUUUGUUUUCGUGCAAAAAUAAUAAAUAAAAUAAAAAAUAAAAAUAUUUACCCUGAUACUUACACUCGUGCCGGUUCUUUCUGUUCAGUGUGCAGAUUGGUGUCUUCUUUUCUACUACACGGCCUUCGUGUUGAAGGAACAAAGGGACGAAGAGCGUGUAUCGAUCGACAAACCUCGACUACUAUGGAUUACUAUUGAGAACGAGGCCUCAGCUGAAUAAUUGCUCCACUCGUUCGGGUGAUUUUAGAGAAGCCGCAAGAAAGAAAAUUUAAAUACUUUUUUCUGCUGGGUAAAGAAGAAAGAACACAUAAGGAUUAAGAAGGAUAAAAUAAACAAGUUAACACAAUUGAGGAUCUCUAUAAUGGUGUGGCGCCACGAAUCACGCAGGAUGCACAGAACGAGGCGAUGAGAGGCCUGAAUGGAGGCCGAGGAAGCCGCAGAGCCCCCAGGGGCUAACAUCAUCCUCUCGAAACUGUCAGAGCUCGGUACAACCGAGAUAAGACGCCCAGCCAACACCAUCUCCACCACAGCCAUCACCGACAGAACUCCAUUACUCCGCCAGUACUUUUUUAUCCAGCUUAUUUUUUUUUAACUCCACAUUACCACGUACUUUCUACCGGCUAAAAUGUCACCUGGAUUGUCGAGACUGUUUAUUUUUAUUGACACUGUGCAGUAAAAAAAAUUUAAUUCAUUAUUUAUUGAUAAAAAAAAAAGGUAAUAAAGUGUAGUGACGAAAAUGGCUGCGCCGGUGAUCGAGAAGAAGCGAUUUUUCUGCCGGGAAUGGGCAUUUAUGAAGCUAUCCCACUGUCUUGAGCAACGUCCGGCGUCUAAAACCUGCGGUGCGUUGAUUGUCGGCGGUCCAGGAAGUGGUAAAACGGCACUGUGUGCUGAGUUAGCUUGGCCAUCGACAACCGCGAGCUCCCGACACCAAAGAUCACUAAACAGAAGACUUUUGGCGAGACAUUUUUGCCAAGCGCGCAGUGAAGCUUCACUGUCACCAGCGCAAUUCGUGCGUUCGCUGGUGGCCCAAAUACUCCAGGCCAGCACAGAUGGGAUCCACUUGUCCUCGCCCACGUCCCCGACAGCGAGCACUACCUCCGUGCCGUCUACAUCCAAAGAAGCCGUGGCCGAGGCUUAUGCCGAACGUCUGCGAACAGACCCGGACAUUCAUGCCGCACUGCAACACGACGUCCUAGACCGGGAUCCCGACGACGCAUUCAAAAAGGCUCUUUUGUUUCCUCUCCUGGAAGUCGAGCCUCCGAAAAAUUGUCUGUUUCUUCUGGUGGAUUCUAUUGACGAAGGCCAGGUAUUAAACCCCCCGCAAACAGGUACCCGGGACUCGCGACGUGAAAAUGACAACGUAAGUCGUACAAUCGCCGAGUUGCUGGCAAAUCAUCAUCACCUGUUUCCACAAUGGCUGCUGCUAGUCUGCACCGCCAGACGUCAGAGCAAAACAAUCUCCAGGAUGUUUACGGGUUUUAGAAAAAUAUCUCUGGAUGAUUUACGAAAGAGCCAAGUGGUUCGCGAUGUCCAGCAAUACAUACUCGCUAGAUUGGAUCAAGAGGACGCUCUGAGACAGCACAUUAGCCGUGACACCGCUGAAAUGCUCAACCAGCUGCACAUAAAAAGCAACGGGUGCUUUCUGUAUCUGGAGAAAGUGCUAGACGGGGUCGCUGAAAACUUUAUCGUCUUACGGGAAGUUCGGGAAAUUCCUGGGACACUAAACGGUCUUUACUUGUGGCUGUGCCAGAGAUUGUUUAGCAGAAAACAAUUCGCCAAGGUACAGCCGUUGCUCAACGUAAUACUAGCUGCUAAAUUGCCAAUAACUCAAGAUAUUUUAUACAAGUGUGUUAAAACCGCGCACACAACAAUAACCAUUGAAGACUUUAACCGUAGGCUUCAUCUAUUGAGGAGGGUCAUAUCCGUUUCGCGUGCCGGUGCGUUGAUGCUCUUUCAUCACAGCUUCGCUGAAUGGCUGUUGGAUGUUAAACACUGUACCCAGAAGUAUUUGUGUUCAGCUACCGAGGGACAUGCGAUGCUCUCUGCUUACUACACUCUCAGAAGUCCCGAGCUUAACCCCGACGAGAUUUGCGUGCUCGGACAACAUCUACAGCGUGUUAUUAAUAAUAUCAGUGGUAAUAAUUGCACCCUGGAUGCGCACACACUUCAAGUGCUCUGGAUGAUCGGCAGCAGAGCGCCUAUCGAACAGUGUUAUCUUGACAGUCCAGAGUGUAUUAUGUGGCCGAGACAGGAUACUAAAUUACUGAGGCUGCUCGUUGAUGCUGGUGCCAAGCCAUCGGAAAAAAUAAUUGAGGAUGAGCCUAUCAAGGAUCCUGUUUCUUCUAGUCAGGUCUCGCAAGAUGUGAGUCCAGUUGAUGAAUCACCUGGUGAACCAUUGACGGAAUUACUGGGCGAAAACGGCGACAUAAACCAAGCUGAUUCAUGUGGUCGGACAGUACUUCACACUCUAGCAGCCGAUGGGAACGCAUCACUUCUAGAGCUGGCGCUUGCAGCUUGUCCUCAAGCGAAGCUGGAGGCCACGGACCGCCACGGACAGACUCCCUUGAAUCUAGCAGCUAGACAUGGAUAUGCAGACGUCGUAAGAGUCCUUUUGGCGGCCGGAGCCAGUGCUGAUCACGCAGACUGCGACGGCUGGACCGCGUUGAGAGCAGCUGCCUGGGGCGGACACACCCAGGUACAUUCACAGCCAAGCCUUCUUCCACGAAACCACAAGACUGUUAAAACAGACUCUGAUGUAGUUGUUGAAAUGCUAUUGGAACACGGGGCGAUGGUGGAUUGUGCGGACUGGGAUCAACGGACGGCUCUGCGUGCGGCCGCGUGGGGUGGACACGAAGAUAUUGUGAAAGCUUUGCUCCAACACGGCGCGGAUGUCAAUAGAACCGACGACGAGGGUAGGACGGCUUUGAUAGCGGCUGCUUAUAUGGGCCACAGCGAGAUCGUUGAGCAUUUGCUCGACUACGGAGCCAAAAUUGACCACGCCGACAGUGACGGCAGGACGGCGCUUAGCGUCGCGGCGCUCUGUGUGCCCUCCAAUCACGGCUACGCAAAGGUGGUGACAAUUCUCCUGGAACGUGGAGCCGCCGUUGACCACCAGGACAAAGACGGAAUGACGCCAUUGUUAGUGGCGGCCUUCGAGGGUCACCGAGAUGUUUGCGAGCUGCUGCUCGAGUACGAAGCGGAUGUUGAUCACUGCGACGCUACAGGAAGAACGCCCUUGUGGGCGGCCGCCAGCAUGGGACAUGGAAGCGUUGUCGCGUUGCUAUUGUUCUGGGGAUGCUACGUCGACAGUAUUGAUAACGAGGGCAGAACUGUAUUGAGCGUUGCCGCCGCGCAAGGUGGCACAGAUGUUGUUAAGCAGCUUUUGGAUCGAGGCCUGGAUGAACAACAUCGAGAUAAUUCUGGAUGGACACCGCUGCACUACGCCGCUUUUGAAGGUCAUCUGGACGUAUGCGAAGCCCUGCUAGAGGCCGGCGCCAAAGUCGACGAAGCUGAUAAUGACGGCAAAGGUGCACUCAUGCUUGCCGCACAAGAGGGACACACUAGUUUAGUCGAGAGGCUGCUGGAACAUCACGCAGCUCCCAUCGAUCAGCACGCCCACGAUGGCAAGACCGCACUGAGGCUCGCAGCCCUCGAAGGUCAUUACGAGACAGUACGGGUGCUUUUAAAACACAAUGCCGAUAUGAAUGCCAAGGACGCGGACGGCAGAAGUACUCUAUAUAUUCUUGCUUUGGAAAAUCGAUUGGCGAUGGCGAAAUUUUUACUCGAGAACGCCAACCCAGAUGUCGAGAGCCGUGAUUCUGAAGGCAGAACUGCUCUCCACGUCAGCGCGUGGCAAGGACACGAGGAUAUGGUUGCUCUGCUUCUGACAGCCGGCAAUGCCAGUGUUAACGCUUGUGAUAAUGAAAAUCGUACUCCUCUACAUUCAGCCGCAUGGCAAGGACACGCUGCUAUUGUUAGAUUGUUACUGGAGCACGGUGCGACGCCAGACCACACGUGUAACCAGGGUGCCACUGCUCUAGGCAUCGCUGCACAAGAGGGUCACGAGCACUGUGUUAGAGCACUACUCAAUCAUGGCGCGGAUCCUAAUCAUUCCGAUCAUUGUGGCAGAAAUGCGAUAAAAGUCGCCGCGAAAAGUGGCCACGAUACUGUCGUCAGACUUUUGGAGGAACAUUCAGCAAACCAACGGAGCUUGAGACCUGCUAUGAACGGAGGUGGAAGCAGCAGCGCAACAUCAGUGACAUCAAACUCUACAGCAGAAACAAAGCCGUCAUCAGCAAUUUUAAAUCCCUUGUCCACCCAGUACAGCCCUGCGGAAUCUCCUGACUCGACAAAAAGACGUAGUUGUGUGUCACUGGGCAACAAUUCAAGCAACAGCAAAUCCAGCAGCAAUUUAACUGGCAGCACAAAGAGCGAUCAAGGGAAAUUCAGCCAAAAUCCAAUGGUCAAUCAAGUAAUCAAAGCCCCGCUGUCAUUCACACAACAGCUGCAGCAGUGCUCAAGAGGCGCAAAGAGUCGUCCGCUAAGCAAACUACUGAGUCCGCUGAAAAGCGAACCGCAGAGCCCGAUAUACGCGUCCCCGCCCCACUCGCCGUUGAGCGACAGUCUUAUUCCAUAUUCGCCUACAAACACUAGUCCGCCGAGCGCACAAACAGCCGCCAGUGUGAUCCAGAGUCAACUUGGUGUCUCAUUGCUUACCGGAAAUCAAAGCAUACAGUACAAACCACACGGCGGUUUCAACAAAACCCCAGUAAUUUACGAACCCAUUGAAAUAAAGACCGAGCUUAUUGACAGGAAUGACAGCUCAAAACCUUUUGAACUCACCAACGAAAUGCUCGGACUCAAGGUCAACAAAGAGAAGAAGGCCAAUGGGUACGAUGAUAAGCGCAACUCCGCGGAUCCACACUUUACCCGCGACACGCACAUGAGAAUUAUUUUGGGCAACAGCGGGGCCGGUGUCGGGCGCAAUGUUAAACACACCGAUCACGUUACACCGAGCCCGAAUCCAAAACCCAAACGCAAUGGUUUGGUGUCGAAUCCAGCGAUGCGACUUGUCGCGGGUGUACGGAAUGGAUUUGAAAACGCGACUAACAGAAAUAAACCCAUCACUACACGAGUCAAUGGAUUCCAAUGGAAAGCUGAAGCACGCAAAGAAACUCCGUUGUAA